GUAUUCAGACAAUCCUUUACAGCACAUUACACCAUCUAUGACGUCAGUAACGAUCAUCACAUACCCGUUCGGUUGGCGGAAUCAUCGAAAACCCAAAGGCAGAGGCUGCAACAUGCCAGCUGGUUGGGAGACACACAUAAAAUGUUAAUUAUUUUCAAGAACGACAUUUACGUAAGGCAAUCCCCGUGGGAUGAAACCGAUUCUAGGCUAACGUUCACAGGUGAACCAGAUGUGGUGUUCAAUGGAAUACCGGACUGGCUAUAUCAAGAAGAUGUUAUGAAAACUCCGAAUGCUCUAUGGCCGUCACAUGAUGGUACUCAUAUAAUGUAUGCUACGUUUAACGAUAGUAACGUGGGUCUUCUAUCCUUUCCAUGGUUUGCUACUACCAACGUACUUGCAGCUGGUGGGGCUGCACACAAACCCACUACAUUUCCAUCAACUAGAACCAUUAGAUAUCCAACGCCAGGAACUCCAAAUCCUCAUGUACAACUUUGGGUCCUGGACAUCACAAACUUGACCGACUUACAACAGUACGAAGUUCUACCACCGAAAGCACUCGUCGGGCAAGAUUACUAUUUGACAUCUGCGGAUUGGAUAGGACAAAAUAACACGCAAGUUUCGGCCGUGUGGAUGAACCGCGCACAAAACCUCAGCAUUGUGUCAGCAUGUUUGGCCCCGAACUGGACAUGUAUAGAGACGCACGCUGAAAGGGCAACGGAAGACGCUUGGCUCGACAUCCAGGAGCAUCCUGUCUUUUCCCCGGAUGGAGACAGCUUCCUGCUACUGGCGACGGUGCAAGAAGGAAGUACUGACACUUAUACCCACAUCAAGCAUGUCACACUCACGCAACAACGCAUAGCAGUCAUCAGUCACGGACGUUACGAAGUCAAUAAGAUCCUUUCCUGGGACUCCAACAAUCACCUUAUCUAUUAUCUCGCCUCUCAAGAACACAAGCCGGGUCAAAGGCACCUUUAUGUAGUGCGUGACCCGUCAACUGAUGACCCCAGGCGCGUUGAACCCCAAUGCAUCACGUGUGAUCUAGGAGAAGUCCUCUGGAGCAGCAGAUAUUAUUACAGUAACUGCACUCAUUUCAACGCUUUGAUAAGUCCGACGACCGAUCAAACGUUAGUACGUUAUUACGUCCUUCAAUGCGAAGGGCCAGGUCUUCCAUUGGCGGGCGUUCACUCGUCAACGACGCAUAAGUUAUUAAAAAUACUUUACGAUGACAGACCGAAACAGAGUCCGAUUCUCGGACAACUUGCUUUACCGAAGCAACGGUCUUUUGAGGUGCCUUUAUCCCAAGGGAGCAGAGCCCAAGUGCAACUGCUUCUACCCCCUAGUUGGAGAGAAGAAUUACGAGAUGCUGCCUAUCCUGUCCUGGUCGAAGUGAACGGUCGACCAGGAAGCAAAGCUGUAACAGAAGAAUUUAAAAUUGAUUGGGGCACGUACAUGUCCAGUCACUGCGAUGUGGUUUAUGUUCGGUUAGACGUCCGAGGUUCAAGUGGACAGAGCAAUCGUGCGCUAUAUCACCACCUCGGCGGUGUUGAAGUUCAAGAUCAAAUAGCAGUCGUUAAAUAUUUACUCAAUACGCUUACAUACCUCGACGAGACGAGAGUCGGCGUCUGGGGAUGGGGCUACGGCGGUUACGUAACUGCCAUGGUUCUGGGCUCGCAGCAGAAAGUAUUCAAGUGCGGUGUCGCAGUCAGCCCCAUCACCGAUUGGCUCUACUACAAUUCGGCCUUCACGGAAAGGAUAUUGGGGCUGCCCACGGAUAAUUAUAAAGGGUACGUGGAAGCCGAUGCGACGCAAAGGGCUCGUCAGAUACCAUCAAGUUCACUUUACAUACUUCAUGGUUUGGCCGACAUAACAGCCCCUUAUCAACACGGGGUUGCUUUAGCGCAAGCUCUAACACAAGCCGGUGUUUUGUUCAGAUACCAGAGCUAUGCAGAUGAAGGGCAUGAACUGCAGGGAGUCAUAGAGCAUGCCUAUCGCUCGAUGGAAGACUAUUUCCAGGAGUGCCUUAGUUUAGAUACGGACGAUCCGAAAACACCUCCAGAUACCUGAAACUUUCUGAUCUGCGCGGUAGUAUCCAAGUUAGUGAACAAUUACCAGGUUGCUAAUCAACACAAACCUAUCUCAGUAGCUACAAAUGUUAGAUAGAGAAGCAACCACGAGAACAAAAACCAAAGUGACUCCGUUUUUUUACCCCCCAAGACCCAAUAAUUAAAGUGCUUGCAUAUCUUUACAACAAAAA